GACAGCGGUAGUGGCGGCGGUGGCGAAGAUAGCCCAGUGGCGGCAGUUCCCGCUCGGUUCCACGUUUGAUAGAGCGCGCAGCGGCAGGCGCGGUGUUUACACAGAGCUACAGAGACAUGUGCUAAGUGAUCCUACUUGAGAGAGGCAAUGUUUUGGCAAGCAGAAAACAUCGCGUAGGCAUUGGCGAAGUGUCUCGUUUUAUUGUUCCCGUUGUGUUGAGCUUUCACAGAGGCGGCGGAGAAAGCUCAAGAUUUUUUCCCGGCUCCUCGGAGCCUGUUUAUUGUCGGAUCGACUACCUAUUUGUUUUACAUGUUCGUGAAGAGAAUCAACGGAAAACGAGCAGCCUUGGGGAAGUUAUCUUGAAACACGGCGCCAGGGAAGGGGGAUUUUCCCCUCUGGAAUGUGAUUGGAUUCAGGCAUUUUAUCACGAGGUUGUGUUGAAUUAAGCGUCGGUGAAGCGGAGCGUUUUUGUUUGAAUUGGAUACAACUUUCUUCUUUUGAACAGUUUUUCUCAUUUAUAAAUUUUCAUGAACGGAAUACUAAACAGUUAUGGAGUACAAAUUCUGAACAACGUAUUAUACUGCCCUCGUGCAAAGGGUUGAUGUAAUGACGAUGAAGAGGCUACUCCCCUGUCGCUGACCACUUAAAAGGGCAGAGACUGGUCAUCAAGACUGGACACCAUGACCGGAAACUGAUCACACGCCAGCAGCGGCCAGGCAUAAUCACCUCAAUCGAAGUCUGUACUCUUGCGAACCCAGCCCAAUAAUUUACACCCCGCGCCCGCUCUUUUAUUGCACACCGACUUGUUCACUUCCUGCCGGCGGAAAUGUUAUGGUCGUUUAAGGCUGUAAAGGAUAUUAAGACAGAUAAGAUAUACAUGCAAUACAGUACCACAGGAAUUAUAUUCAAGCUGUUUUGUGUGAAGCUGUAGUGUGUGCGUAAUAUAUUUUAUCGGCGUGGCGCCUUGUUGCGUAGGGCGUCUGUGACGUGCGUCGAGGUAUGCAAGUCAGUGUUCUCUUUACUCUAGGAAUAAUAUUGCCUAAACGCCAGUGAGUGCAUAUCUUUUCGUCUGUUCUUCUGACGUAGUCUGUCGCUGUCUCCACCCAGUACAAUGACUGGGACUUCUGACAGCGUUUUACCGCCGGCGUCCUGGUGACCUGCUAUGUCGCGGAGUUUCCGUCGAGGCACACGUAUUUCGAGAUUUCGCCGAUAUAUUUGUGGUCACGGCCUCACUGUUAUCAUGGGCUUCACCAUGUUCAUGUUGUUCCUCUGUUCCGGAACCCUGGUCCACCUUAGCCCCGCCCUCCCCUCCGGACACGCCCUUGAUGCUGCCGACAUCCCAGCUUACCUUGGGGUUCAAGAAAGAGGAGAUGCUUCUGGUUCAAGGUAUCCUGGAGAUAAUUCUGGAGACAGGUCGUAUGGCUCCCAGCGUCACAAUCGUGCAUUACAGUUCAUGGAUGCGGGCAGGUUUGGGCGAAACACGAAAGGGGAGACAGGUGACUUUUUGGGUGUUGUCGACAAACGUUCGUCAACAGGCGGCAGUGCAGAUGCGGGCCAGCCCAAGUUAUCUCCUUUAAUUUCCAAUUUUAACGCGGGAGAGCAGAAUGUGCCGUCUAUAAACACGAGAACGUUUAUCUCAGAUUCGAAAUCAGACGUGGUGAAAAUGAAAACUGAUUUUAAAGCCAACUCUGAUAUUGAAAAAUCCAUCAGGACUUCUCAGAAUGUAGCUAUGAAUAGUUCUAAAUAUAACAAUUUAAAUAGUGACUUCCCUCUUGUGUUAAGAGGGGCUGAGCCCCUGCACAAUGCUAGUGAGGUUCCUGUCAAGCGACUACCCCAGGCGCUUGUUAUUGGUGCCAAGAAAGCGGGCACGCGUGCUCUUCUGGAGUACCUUCGUUUGCAUCCCGGAGUUGUGGCUGCUGGGCCGGAACCGCAUUUCUUUGACCGGAACUACCAUCUAGGAUUGGACUGGUACAGAGAGCUGAUGCCCCGCUCCUACAGCGACCAACUCACUCUGGAGAAGACGCCAGCCUACUUCAUCACGCCUGAAGUGCCACGCCUCCUUCAUCAAAUGAACCCGGAAAUCAAACUCCUCCUCGUUGUCCGUGACCCCGUGACCCGGGCCAUCUCGGACUACGUACAGGCGUCCACCAAACGCCCCCUAGACUCCUUUGAGCACAUGGCCCUGCUGGAUCCUCGUCUGGGUCUUAUCAAUACGUCAUGGGCUGCUAUCAAGAUCGGCAUCUACGCCAAACAUAUGGAGAGAUGGCUCCAAGUGUUCCCCAUGCGCCAGAUCCACCUUGUAGACGGCCACAAGCUAGUGAGUGACCCUGCCAAGGAGAUGGCUAAAGUGGAGAAGUUUCUGGGUUUACCACCCUUCAUCAGAGACGAGCAUUUUUUCCUACGUGGAUUCAAGGGCACUUUCCCUUGUAUUAUGAGACAUGGAGUUCCCCAUUGUCUGGAUGAGAAAACGAAAGGACGUGAUCACCCGGACGUCGACUCGAAGGUGUUACAGCGACUCAGGGAUUUCUAUAGGCCUUUUAACGCCAAAUUCUACCAGAUGGUUGGUCAUGACUUUGGCUGGUUAUAGACACACUGAUAUAAUUAUAAGUCUAGCCAUUGUCUUUGUUAUGGCUUAUAUUAAGCGCACGCGUUUACUGCCUGUCUAAUUGUGGUGGGUUCAAAACAGAUUUAUUUCAGUCAGAACUCUGGCCGAUUGCACAAUUGCAGAUGCCUCUUUUCCAUUAAGGAGUGCCCCUAAGCUAACUUCAGCCAGUACAAUGAGUCCUAACUGACAAGCAAGGUGGGCUUUCAUCUGUGAAAUCAAGGAAGAGUAACCUUCAGAUGGCUUUCGGAGAGCAUAGGACAUGAUUUGGUGAUGGUGGUUCUUUAUUACUACGUUGUUCUUUUGCAUCUUCUUUCCUUAUUGUGAGAGGAUGCUGAUGUGUAUGCAUUUGUGUGCGUCCACAUGUGUUUUAUGAACUUGCAAAAAGACCCAUUCGUGUGUGUGUGCUUGUGUGUGUGUGUGGAAGACAGACUGACAGACAGACAGACAGACAGACAGACAGACAGACAGACAGACAGACAG